AUGGCGCGCGAGUUCCUGGCGCUGGGCGACCGCGUGGUGAUCUGCGGCCGGGAUGCCUCCCGCCUGGAGGCCGCCCUGACCUCCCUCCGGCGCGGUCUGUCGCCGGAGGCCCAGCUGCACGGCGCCCUGUGCGACGUCUCGAUUGCGACUGACGUCGCCUCUCUGGCAUCCUUCGCACGGGAGCGACUGGGCGCCGUGGACCGAUGGAUCAACAACGCGGGCAAGGUGACCGGCAGGCGGCUGCUGCCGGACCUGGAGGCCGGGGAGAUCGAGGCGGUGGUGGGCGCCAACGUGCUGGGUUCCCUGUUCGGCUGCCGGGAGGCCCUGAGGCUGAUGAGGGACCAGCCCGGAGGGCCGUUCCACAUCUUCAACAUGGGGUUCUCGAGGUGGGGCGCGUCGUUCUCCAAGUCCGCCUGCUCACACAAGGCCACCAAGCGCGCGUUAACUCAGCUCACGGAGUCUCUGGCGGAGGAGCUAGCGACGGAGGGCGUGGAGGGAGUGGGCGUGCACAACCUGUCACCAGGGAUGGUGCUGACGGACCUGCUGCUCAAGGACAGCAACCCCGUUGCACGCCGAUUUUUCAACGCCCUUGCAGAGGAACCCCAGACAGUGGCAGCCGACCUGGUGCCACGGAUUCGGGACGUGCGCGGCACGGCGUCCAGCAUUGACUACUUGAACCCCGCAUUGGCCAUAGGCCGGGUUGUUGCAGGUGCACCACAGAUCAUAUUUGGGGGACGGUUCUUUGACAGCGAGGGUGACCGCGUGCAUGAGGAAGGCAAGCGUUACAAUGCCAACGGUGUGGAGGUGUUGUACGACGUGCAGAGCUGUGAGUGA